AGACCCCAUUAUCAGCCCCAUGUCUCUCUUUUUCUCUAUCUAUCCCAUGCAUGAAACCAAUCAAUUGAGUAUCUUUGCCUCUGCUAAAGGAAACUGAAAAACCUUGAAACAAACCCACAACUUCGUUUUUUUUUUCCUUGCCAUUUUUCAAGUUUUUUUUUUCUCUGUUGUGUUUCCAUGAUGUCUUCUGAUAAUCCUCCUGUAAAACCAGCUAGUACUAAGGAAGAAAACCAAAGCAGUGGCAACCGGAAAACAGCUUCAACAAGGCCACAAGAGCAAGCCCUAAAGUGCCCGAGAUGUGACUCUUCCAACACUAAAUUCUGUUACUACAACAACUACAGCCUCACUCAACCAAGGCAUUUUUGCAAGACUUGUAGGAGGUACUGGACAAAAGGUGGGGCUUUGCGUAACGUACCAAUCGGUGGAGGUUGCCGCAAGAACAAGAAGAUAAAAUCGUCUUCAAGGCUGUCAGGUGACUCCAAAGACUCCACCUCAUCUUCAGAGAUGGGAGGAUUGAAGUUCUUUCAUGGCCUUUCUCCAGCCAUGGAUUUUCAGCUUGGCGGGUUGUCAUUUCCUAGGCUUAAUCCAUCACCGGCUGGUAUUUAUAACCAGUUUGCUUCAUUUGGAGAAAGUACUAACCCUUCUUUCAGUCUUGACCCAUCUGGUAGCUCUUGUUCUUUGAUGGGGUUUAGUAAUUAUCCAUUAUCCUCGGUUACCAGUGGCCUUAGUGGUGCAACUCAGGAGAUGGGUUCGCUGAAUGUUAAUAGUAGCCUUGCCUCUUCAAUUGAGUCUUUAAGUUCCAUAAACCAGGAUUUACACUGGAAGUUGCAGCAGCAAAGAUUGGCUAUGCUUUUUGGAGGAGAGAAUCAAAAGGAAAAUAGCACUACUGUUUCUUCAGUUCCACUUGAGAACCUAGCACAAAAGCCACAACCCAUUUUGUUCCAGAAUCUGGAGGUUUCAAAACAUGAAAUUUCAGCUGUUGGGAAUCCAAGAAAAGGCACAAGCAAUGAAACCGCCACGGAAUGGUUCUUUGGGAAUUCUUAUGCACCAGUAACUCCAACUCCAACCACUAGCGGCAAUGGCAAUGAUAAUACCACAAGCAACUGGAAUGGGGUUCAAGCAUGGAAUGAUUUGCAUCAGUACAGCACGUUGCCCUGAAAAGAGAAGGAUAAAAAAAGGUAGACCCUAAAAGGAAGAUAUGGAAAAAAGGGAAAUAGAGAAAGGAGUAAUAUAUUUUCUCAAAACCAAAUUAGUCUGUUUAAAAUGUUUUUCAGAUAUCAACAUGUCGACCUUGGAGGUAAAAAAUAUAGUUUUUUUUUUCUUUUUUUCCUUUUAUUAUUUAUUUUAAUAAGAUGUUGAACAUUAGGCACUUUAUAAUUUGUGUUCUUUUUGUUUCUGCCAAUUCUUCUUGUUUUGGCA